GAGAGUCUUUGGAUUCCUUCGCAUGUAUAUAUAUUGACUCGUGACACUGUUUCCUGUGUAGAAAUUAGGAGAACUCGUUCGAUUUAACAAGUAAGCCUCCGUUAAUGGGAGUCAUUUACGAUCCACUCUCAAUUACAUUACGAUACUUCUCUGAUAAUGUACCUUGUUAGCGUAUUAUAUCGAAGCAAUCUUGUAUGCAUGACUUACUAGCUUAUACCUAAUUUUAGUUGAAUAAAUUACCUCAAAUUUACGUAUUCAUUUAUGAUCGAACGAUUUAUUAUUAUCAUAAAUUUUUUAGGACAUUGUGCAUUUCUUAAAUCAGCAUCCAUAGGAUGUAAAGACUCUUAUCAAAGGACACACUCUUAUUUAGAUUUAUAGUCAAUUUAUAUAUAGUCUUCCGUAAUAUUUAUCUGCAUCUUUUUGGCGAUACGAUUGUUGAAUGGCCUAAUUUAGCUUCCUUUAUGGAAGUUUAAUACUAUGAAAUUAUACAUUUUGCACUGUAAUUUUGAUUUUGAUGCUAAUAAAGUCUACUUCAAAAGUUACUCAAAUUCAUUGUCCUUUUUAUAUUCAAUCUACACCGAGGCCUUCGAUGUGAAUUAAUUUUUAACGUCUGUUGCAAGUUUUCAGACUUUAUAAGCUAUGGAGAAUCAUUUACACUUUCAUCGACGUUGAUUGACUUUUUAGUUUUUAAAAAAACACCUUGUAUAUUUUAUAUUCUUUUAUUUAAAUAAAUCAAUACUUUAAUACCCAUUGAUUUAGUUCGCAGAGUUCAACUUCAUAAGAGAUCGAUUCAUACAAUUUUAUAAUCCAAAUGGAUGUAAAUUAUGAGCAGCUCUCUUUGAAAAAAAAACAUUAAAUAAAUAAAUAAUACUGAGGAUCGUCCACUGCACUAAACUAAACUUCAUGCAAUGUCACUUUCUAGUUAUAUUCAUCAUAAUAGAUAGAUAUAAUAGAUUUUAAUAAUAGUUACUCGUAGAAUUUUUUAAAACAAUCCCGCUUCAUUACAAAUUUUAUAUCCAAGAUUAUAAAGAGCAGCGAAAUCAAGAUGAAUCGACGCGGAUCAGUUAUAGAUGAAGAUCGAUGCGAGCGGCUGCGACGAUCGGCCGUUAGUAAUCGCAACGACAAGAACCAAAAGAAUCAAGCGAGAGUCAAUUUUUUUACAGUAUAGCUUUUUCGCGUGCAUGAACAUAUGUAUGUUAUUGGCUUUUUUUACCUCGCGACUGGGUGGAAGCAAGGGCUUCGUCGACGGGAACAAGGCGAUAUGGUACUUCGCGAUUCCGCUGCUGUACCUCGAGGCCGGACUGCUGUGCGAGCCGAGAGCCCUGUUGGACUGCCUCAGGGACGGCUACCUACUGUCCUUCCUGCUGGGCUUCGUUUACGGGCUCGCGCCGACUCUGUGCAGCCUGGGUAAUAGGCUGCUCGACGCGUUGGGCGUCAAUCGGCGACUGCUCGACGGCGUCGAGGUGCUGCACUGCCUGCCGCCGCCCUUCAGCACGAGCCUGGUCCUCGGCAGAAUCGCCCGAGCCGAUGUGCCGACCAGCGUCGUGGCUCUCCUGACCUGUCGAUUCGCCGGGCUGCUCAUCUCGCCGAUUCUCCUCUACGUCACGCUCGGUGCAACGGUGCCGCCGAUGAACGAGAUCAAUUUUCGCGAGUCGGUUCUCGGCACCCUCGUGCCUCUGGCGAUCGGCGUGAGUCUACGCUCGAUCUUACGUCACGGUCCAGCCGAUUCUGCCUUGUAUAAAUGGGCCAAGAUGCAGGAAGACGGCGGCAGCAGCAAACAUCGCACAAUGUGGUUGCCCAAAGGACUCGAAUUGUUCAUCGCCUACAAUCUGUUCUGCGACGCGUUCAGCAUCGACGCCGCCUCGAUGCAUCCCGGCGAUAUUCUUCUCUGCGUGCUGGUCGCUUGCGCGAGCCAAAUGAUCGUGACGGGCCUGUGCUGGACGUUGUGCAACGGUUGGCUGAAGCAGAGCCAGGACGUGCUGCUGGCCUCGGUGUUCGCCUGCACCUACAAGUCCGUCGGCUACGGCGGCUGGCUGGUGAGGACGGCCUUCGGACACGGAGGUGCGGCCGCGCCCACUGCAGACAGAUACCGGGUGGCCGCGCUCGAUCUUCCACUGGCUAUCCUCACCGUUGCUCAACUGCUUCUGGGCAGUCUUCUGGCUUGCUGGAUGAGCUCGUGAAAAUUGCAUUGAACAUCUUUUACGUGAUAUUUUAAUAUUUAUAGUUAAUAUGUGAUAUAGCCAAUAUAGCUCGUGUAUAUUUAUACGCGAACACGUGAAAAUUGUGAUGAACGAGUUCAAUCUUAAUGGUUGGACGAGGUAAAAACAUUUUUUGUCAAAAUAGUUUGUAAUUAUAGAGAUU